AUGAGCGCCGAUUCGCACGAGCUUCUCGAUGCCUUCCGGGCUGCUGCACUGUCCGUCACCAAGCUCUACAAGACGUCAGCUGCCGCGCAAACCAAGUCUCGCGCCGAUGGCUAUCAAGACUGUCUUGAAGACCUGAUUGCCUUUCUGGACAAAGAAAACAUCGGACUGUCUGCUGGUGAUGUAGGCUCAAAGAUCCGGAAAUGGGCGAUGGAUAGAUCAGAGACUAGGGACACCACACCCCCAUCCAUCGAGAGCGACGACGAGCCCGAGAAGCCCGAGCCUGCCGCCUCAUCCCCUCAGGCACGAACGAGCCCUCCGGCAGCACAAACAUCUGUCGACCGGGACGAGGUCCACAUGAGAGAUUCGGCGCCUCCGGUUCUUGCAACGGUUCCCUGUCCGCCUAGCCCGAUAGUGGAGGAGGUCGACUUUGUUGUUCCUACGCAGGAUACCUUCAACUUCCAGUCAGCACAUGCUUAUCCUCACGAUGAGGCCAUGCGACUCGCCAACCUCAACCUGUCUGAUGCCAACCAAGCAUCAAACCAUAACACAUCAAACCGGACGACACCACGCAACACCAGAAGAAGAGAUGUACGACCUGGGAGGACACGGAGAGAUUUGGGACAGGGCGCGGGCCACAAGAGAAAGAUGAACCUCGCUGAGUACUUCGACCUAAACGGUGUCGAUCUCGGGAACGGAAAGGAUAUGUUUGGCGGUGGGAAACGCACAAGGCACGUUUAG